AUGGAUGACGGGAUCAGAUCGAAUGAAAUGACUCCGGAGUUGUGCUACGACCACUGCUCCAGCAACGGCUACGACUUCAUGGGCCUGCAGUACGGACGCGAAUGUUACUGCGGGACCGAAGAGGAGGAGAAACGGCACGUGCAGUAUGGAAAGGGCACUUGCGAUUCCCCCUGUAAAGGCGAUGGCAGCCUGAUUUGCGGUGCGUUGCACGGAGGGUUCUGGUCGUUCGAUCUCUACUACAUCGGGGAGACUGAGCCGGCAGCUGGUGACGAGGGUGUCGACGACUCUUCCGAGAAGCAGAUCUUGCUGGACCUUCACAACGAGGCUAGGUGCGUGCACGGCGCGGAGCCCUUGGCAUGGGACGAAACCAUGGAGGAGACUGCAAGGGGUCACGCUGACGAGCUCACCUCGCAGGAAAAUUGCGGUUAUUUGUUCCAGAGCAACGUGACAGCGCACGGUUAUGGCGAAAACCUGUUCCUGUGCUACGGCGCGGCUGACUGCAUGAUGUACGACGGCGUGUUGGACUCGAUGUACGACCUUGCAGUCGACGACGGUCCCGUAGUCGACUACGACGUUCGUGCUAGGCGCAUGCUUUGGGCGUCCACAGCCAAGCUGGGAUGUGCGAUCAGCUCAUGCGUCUACCAGUACAUCGACGUGGAAGUCUUGGUCUGCAACUACGACCCGAUUGGCGACUACGGGGACCCUACUGCCAUCGAGGAAGAGGUUGGACUCCCCGUACAAUCGGAGGAGGAAUGCCAGCAGGUUGCCCCGCCGGACACGCCUUCGCCCGGGACUACCCCUGCCCCCGCAGCCACCACCCCGCCGCCCUCCACUGGGGAAGAGCCUAUCCCGACAACAGCUCAACCGCUCCCUGUCACCCUCCCUCCGUCCUUCCCCACCUCCCCUCCCGUCUCCGAGACUGACCCGCCUUCACCUGAACCGGAACCAUCGACCCGUGCUCCUGUAACGCCCGAACCCACUCCAGCCCCUGUUAAGCCCGAGCCCGAGCCCACUCCGGCCCCCGUUAAGCCCGAGCCAGAGCCCACUCCGGCCCCUGUUAAGCCCGAGCCCGAGCCUACCCCUGCCCCCGUUGAGCCCGAGCCCGAGCCCACUCCGGCCCCUGUUGCGCCCGAGCCCGAGCCCGAGCCCACUCCGGCCCCGGUGACAGACGAAAGCCCUGGCGUUGGUGCAUGCGACCCGAACCCUUGCAUGAACGGAGGGUCGUGCGAGGUGGACCCCAACGGUGGGUACACCUGCAGCUGCGGGAGCAGCUACGGAGGGAUGAUGUGCGAGACCGACGUUACAGGCAUGUCUGAGUUCUUCAUCACGGUGAACUUCCUCGGAUCGUGGACUGACGAACGCAAGGGCGUCUUCCAAAGCGCAGCCAACAGGUGGUCGGAAGUCUUGACUCACAUCCCGUGCUCCGGAACCAACGGCAACGGGGGUGCCGCGGGCGAGCUUACCAUCACCUCCACUCUUGAACCCAUCGACGGUGUCUACGGAACCCUGGGCUUCGCCGGGCCUCGCGGCACCUACAGUGACUGCCGUGGCAUCAGCUACUCGGGAGAGAUGACGUUCGACAUCGACGACAUCGCUGAGAUGGAGAGGCAGGGAACCUUCGAAGGUGUCAUCCUCCACGAGAUGGGCCACGUUAUCGGCACCGGUACCCUGUGGGGUGAGUGUUCCGAUUGUGACAGCACCGGCAGCGCGGAAUGGAAGUGCCCCCUGGCUGCCCAGGUGUACAACGACUUCAUGGGAAACCCUGCUGGUUCCCGGGCCGACAUCAUCGAGCUCGAAGGCGGAACCGGUACAAGCUGCGGACACUUCAGCGAAUCGACUUUCGAAGAUGAACUCAUGACUGGCUACGUCAAUGCGGGCCAGAUGCCGCUUUCGAAGCUGACGUGCGCAUCUCUGGCGGACCGAGGCUACGUCGUCCAACCGGCCAAGGCGGACUCGUACACCGUUCCGUCCCGUCGGGACCCCUCCGCCCGCCAGGGCGAGACCAAGACAUACAAGCUUGCGGAGAGCACCGACGACACGACCAUCGACGUUUGCAACGAGGAGGGAGAGAUCGUCGACACCAUGCAAGGGAAGCGGAUCCGCUUCUGAUCCGAACGACUGCUUGCAAGAGGAAGCACACUACGCUCCCCGAUGUGCUGCAAUUUCGCUGCUAAUGCCGCUAGUGAUAUCGUCGUUCAUGAGCGUCCAGAGAACAUGAUGCUCCUCGCACGCUAUGUCGGGGGCCGUUAGCAUACAGUAGUUUUCUGGCAAGAAGCCACACGCAUCAUCGCUUGCUGUCCCAUGUGGUUUUUAUUUUCCGUUUUUUUUUUAGCUG